GCCACUCACACACUCUUUGCUUGACAUGAGCCCGUGAUAUUGAGCAUGGCCACAAGCACCCUGGUCUCGUUUCGAUUUUUGAGAGUCCGUGGUUUUCCCGCCCAAGGGACUUGUUUUCCAUCUUGACUUGCUAGGGAUUUGGCUUUCAUUCAUAACCUGUCAACAAUCCGGGCUGGGCGUCGAGCCGACAAAGAUGCCACCGGUAGAGAUACCGGGCUAUUACUACGAUGAGGAAAAGAAGAAGUACUUCAAGAUUGAAAAGUCUCACACGGCGCCUCCAUCGGCAUCAUGGUCGGCCGACUCGGUGAAGAAACGCCGCGUCGAGGACACUACGCGGCGGGAGGCGCGUCGCAAGGCGCACCUAUUGCGCAACCACAUAAGGCGCAGCGUCUUGCGGCGCAACAUACUGCCCUCGGGACUGCUCGCCCGCGAGACUGAGAUCACGAGGACCGCUGCCGGCGGGGUGGCGGGCUACGGUGCGCGCGCCGACGACGGGGACUUGGGCGCCGCGGCGUGGUCGGGCGGCGUGGUCUACAAGGGCCACGUGCCGUUUGUGCCCAGCUUUGCGCGGCCUCGCUUCGCCAACAUGCCCUGCUUCUACGUGGGCGGGGAGGACACCAAGACUGGCCUUGGUGUGGCUUACGCGACCCUGGACGAGGAGACGCUCGUUGGGAGCUACAUAUCCACAGAUGACAACGACUGCAUUACAUUUGACCGAGACUGCCCUGGUACGCUGGAACGCGGGCCGUCCUUCCGCACGGAAAUGAUUCGGUGCCCGCAGAUGUCGUCGAUCAAGUACCACAAGCCCUCGCACAAGAUGCUCCUCACGUCCCGGGAGCCGGACCACAGCUGCGGGCUCUACUUCUUCUCCCCACCCCUGUCUUCCCCGGAUGACCCCCGGCCGCACUGGCUGCUAGGCGAGACUAAUCAUUACCAACGCCUGUCCAUCCGCCAUCGACUUCGCGAUGAGUGGCUCGUGCAUCAGAGCACGCCUGCCCCGGCCGCGUCGGACCUCCUCUGCGUCAUCGGCACCAACGCUGGUAUCCUGCGCGUCCGCUCCAACGAGACUAUGGCGUGGAUCUCGCCGCAGAGCCCGCCCAAGGGCCUGCACCUGCCGCAGGAGAUCUUCGACCAGGAUUUCCAGCACGGCAACCACAACAUCCUCCUCGCCGGCGGCCGCCAGCCGCGUCUCUGGAUGACGGACCUGCGCACUCCCGAGUCGGAGUGGUCGUGGACCCGGCACGCCAGCUCCAUCGCCCACCUGCGCAGCGUCAACGAGCACCAGAUCCUCGUCGCCGGCCUGCAGAACUCCAUGGCCCUCUACGACAUGCGGUUCCUCGGCUGCCGCCGGCCCAACGGCACGAGCCCGCUGCUUGAAUUCCCCGCGUACCGCAACGCCGCGCACUUCCACACGGGGUGGGACGUGAGCCCGCAACUCGGCGUGGCGGCCGCGGCGCAGGACGACGGCACCGUGAGGCUCUUUUCGCUGCGCUCCGGCCGUGCCCUGCGGAGCCCCGCGCUGGCCCGCGCCGCCCGCUCCGACACGCCGGUGCGCGCCCUCAUGUUCCAGCAGAUGCCGUGGGAGAAGACGCCCAGCCUCUUUGUGGGCGAGGGCCCGUCCCUGAGGAAGUACUCGUUCGGGACGGUACAUUUCGACGACGAGGCCUGAUGGGCGUGAUGUAUGCCAAGUGAUACCCGACGAUUGAACCCCCACAUCUCGCCGUUUCUAUUCUUGACAUGUCGUCUUUCAGUACUUACAACAGGAAAUGCUUUGUGUCUCUUUUUACCCCCUAACCUCAUAUGCUUGGCGCCGUUGGUCGUCUUUUGUUUUUCCUUUGUUCUCGCAUAGAGCAUCCAGGUAUCAUUGUUGGGAGUCUGGCACUAGGAAACAGUGGGAGUUCCCGGAGAUUUGAUCAAGUUUUAUUAUGACCCGCAGGCCCAAAGGGGCAUGUGUUGUUUGUUUUUUGAGCCUUGAGCGGCCCCCGACAUGACGGCGUUCGCAUGGCUUGAGAGACACGUUUCUCGCUUUUCGUCUUUGGCAGAUUUGGAACGACCAGCCGACCGUUCGUCCGUCCGGGCUUUGGGCAUCUGCAAGCCCAUGCACGUCAUUAGCAUGCACCGUGUCCAUCACUUACACUGUACAUAGUAUAUUUAUGACGUGCUUCGUAUGUGUAUGAUUUGGAGUUGAGGGGGCAGGGCACGUGCACGUUCCAGACCCGUGGCACCGCGUGCACGACCUCUUGCCGAAACUACCUGCUGAUACACGAGACCGG